UGUGAUGGUAUAGUCUCCCUGGCUCAGUUGAGGUUCCUCUUUGCUAAUGAAUGUGACAUGGGUACUCUACCAGUCAACAUCGGACAUCUCAGUAAACUGGUCAGCCUGGAACUGAGAGAGAACCACCUGAUGUCACUACCAGAGUCGUUGGGUCAGUUAAAGUAUCUUGAGCGGUUAGACAUUGGUUGCAAUGAGUUUGAGAAUAUAUCUCCUGUGGUUGGUGGUCUCCAGUCAUUAGAGGAGCUGUGGAUUGACAUGAAUAGUUUGAUAUCUCUCCCUGAGGAGAUGAGUGGGUUGAAGAAGUGUUCCUUCAUUGAAGCAUCAGACAAUAGACUAAUGGACCUACCACACUCCAUUGGACUACUAUCAUCACUGACCGACCUCUACCUCCAGAAUAACCUUCUCACCCAACUACCUGUGUCCUUUGGUUAUUUAAAGAGUUUAAAGGUGUGUAAUGUCUCCAGUAACAGGUUAAUGUUCCUCCCUGAGUCAAUAGGAGGGUUGCAGAGUUUGACUGAAUUCAACUUAUCGCAAAACCACAUCAAUUAUAUCCCGUCCAGUGUUGGUG